CAACAGCUCAACUUUCGGACCCGCCUCUUUCCUGGGGGUGGGAGUUUGCUCCAAACUUUGUUUAUGGGACAGUCCCAGAGCUGCUGCGGCCGCGCUGUCUGCUUCUCCUGCGCCUCCUCGCCGAGUGCGAGCGCCUGAAACCAGCUCGGGGGAUGUGAGAGCCGAAGCCCCUCGGUUGCCAGGCACCGAGUCAGGUCGGGAUUUGCCAGCUGGGCCGCGGCUACAGCUCUGCAAGCUUGGGACGCACCCGAACGACCCAGGCCGGACGGCAAGUUCGGGCGGGACGGCGGCCGCAGCGCGCUCAGGCUUGGCUUCGCUGCGCGGCCAGAAGAUGAAUCCGGCCUCGGCGCCCCCUCCUCUCCCACCGCCUGGGCAGCAGGUGAUCCACGUCACGCAGGACCUUGACACGGACCUCGAAGCCCUCUUCAACUCUGUCAUGAAUCCUAAGCCUAGCUCGUGGCGGAAGAAGAUCCUGCCUGAGUCCUUCUUCAAGGAGCCUGAUUCCGGCUCGCACUCACGCCAGUCUAGCACCGACUCGUCGGGUGGCCACCCGGGGCCUCGGCUGGCCGGCGGCGCCCAGCACGUCCGCUCGCACUCGUCUCCCGCGUCCCUGCAGCUGGGCACUGGCGCGGGCGCGGCGAGUAGCCCGGCGCAGCAGCACGCACACCUCCGCCAACAGUCCUACGACGUGACCGACGAGCUGCCGUUGCCCCCGGGCUGGGAGAUGACCUUCACGGCCACUGGCCAGAGGUACUUCCUAAAUCACAUAGAAAAAAUCACCACAUGGCAAGACCCUAGGAAGGCGAUGAAUCAGCCCCUGAAUCAUAUGAACCUCCACCCUGCCGUCAGUUCCACACCAGUGCCUCAGAGGGCCAUGGCAGUGUCCCAGCCAAAUCUCGUGAUGAAUCACCAACACCAGCAGCAAAUGGCACCCAGUUCCCUGAGCCAACAGAACCACCCUACUCAGAACCCACCAGCAGGGCUCAUGAGUAUGCCCAAUGCGCUGACCACUCAGCAGCAGCAGCAGCAGAAACUGCGUCUGCAGAGGAUCCAGAUGGAGAGAGAGAGGAUUAGAAUGCGCCAAGAGGAGCUCAUGAGGCAGGAAGCUGCCCUCUGUCGACAGCUCCCCAUGGAAGCCGAGACUCUGGCCCCGGUUCAAGCUGCUGUCAACCCGCCCACCAUGACCCCAGACAUGAGAUCCAUCACUAAUAACAGCUCAGAUCCUUUCCUCAAUGGAGGACCAUAUCAUUCGAGGGAGCAGAGCACUGACAGUGGCCUGGGGUUAGGGUGCUACAGUGUCCCCACAACUCCAGAGGACUUCCUCAGCAACGUGGAUGAGAUGGACACAGGAGAAAAUGCAGGACAAACACCCAUGAACAUCAAUCCCCAGCAGACCCGUUUCCCUGAUUUCCUUGACUGUCUUCCGGGAACAAACGUUGACCUAGGAACUUUGGAAUCUGAAGAUCUGAUACCCCUCUUCAAUGAUGUCGAGUCUGCUCUGAACAAAAGCGAGCCCUUUCUAACCUGGCUGUAACCAUUGCCAUCGUAACGUGGAUUCAGCCACGAGCUUACAUUUCCUGGGCCUCUUGGGAAAAGCGGUCGAGCAGAGCAAGUCUGCGGGUGCACCCCUUUCUGCCUCCAUGACUCGUGCUCCCUCCUUCUCAUGUUGCCAGUUCAAUCAUUGCCUGUUUGGAUUGACAGUAAGUUAAGUUUAAACGUAAAUAAAUAUUCUAUUUUCAUUUUCUGCAAGCCUGCAUUCUUGUGACAGAAUAUGCAGAAUUAUGCCUGCAGAAUUGAUUAUACAGAAUACUUUUCUCUUUUUUCUCUGCUGCCCCAUGGCAAGCUUUAUGGGUGUUAAGUUGAAAUUUACACAUCAAUUGAUUAUAAACCAUAAAAAGUUGAUCACAGGCAGUGAAUUCUGACAGGUGGCUUGGUCCAGGAAAUGUGUACAAAAUUAGACCUGAUUUACAGUCUCCAAAACUGUAUUGAUGACAGUAGUACAAAAUGCUUUAAAAACUAUUUAACUUGAGCUUUAAAAAUCAUUUUAUGGAUAGUAAAUUUCUGCUGUAUGGAAUACGAUGUACUUUUGAAUCCA